GACAAUCCUGAAAUACAAAAAUUUCUUCUCUGGGAUUUGCUGCUGCUGCCGCCGCUGUUGCUGCCGCGGUGCAGUGCCAAGACUCUCGGAAUAAAUAAAAGCGGGCUACUGUGCGCCUGUAGAUGCGGGCAGCUAAUAGCUAUUAUUAGUUGGCCAUUGAUUUCGAAGAUCACAGAUGAAGUGGGGACGCCUUUCUUCUUCAUUUGGUCAGCGUGUGAAACAAUAAUACUCGUAACAAAUAGGAGGGAGAUGGGGGUGAAAAAAAAUCUUAAUAUGAUUCAGAAGAAAUAAUACCUAGCGCACUCCCCCCUAAACCGGAGCCCCCGUUCCUUCCCCCUCCCCGCUCCCUCUCUCGCCACACGCUCGCAGGCGCGGACACGCACACGCACACACACACACACACAGGCGCGCACACACACACACAUCCACACACAGGCGCACGCACUGUGCUGUGUGCUUUCGGAGGAGGUGGAGGAGGUGGUGGUGGUGGAGGCUUUUGGAAAAGGAGGAAGAGGUGGUGUUGGGGAGGGGGGGAUCUCUUUCCCCGUUGGAGAUGAUCGUGCUAUUCCUCUUUGCCUCGCUCUGGAUGCUGGAGGGGGCCCUCGGCCAGCUCCAUUACACAGUGCAGGAAGAGCAGGAGCAUGGCACGUUCGUGGGGAAUAUCGCCGAAGACCUGGGCUUGGACAUUACAAAACUUUCGGCUCGCCGCUUCCAGACGGCGAGCAACUCCCGCAGCCCUUACCUGGAGCUCAACCUGGAGACCGGGGUGCUCUACGUGAACGAGAAGAUUGAUCGCGAGCAGAUCUGCAAGCAGAGCCCCUCCUGCCUGCUGCACCUGGAGGUCUUCCUGGAGAACCCCCUCGAGCUGUUCCGGGUGGAGAUCGAGGUGCUGGACAUCAACGACAACCCACCCUCCUUCCCGGAGCCCGACCUCACCGUGGAGAUCUCGGAGAGCGCCACGCCGGGCACCCGCUUCCCCCUGGAGAGCGCCUUCGACCCCGACGUGGGCACCAACUCGCUGCGCACCUACGAGAUCACUCCCAACAGCUACUUCUCGCUCGACGUGCAGACGCAGGGCGACGGCAACCGCUUCGCCGAGCUGGUGCUGGACAAGCCGCUGGACCGCGAGCAGCAGGCGGUGCACCGCUACGUGCUGACCGCGGUGGACGGCGGGCAGCCCCAGCAGCGCACCGGCACCGCCCUGCUCACCAUCAGGGUGCUGGACUCCAACGACAACGUCCCCGCCUUCGAGCAGCCCGUCUACACCGUGUCGCUGCCGGAGAACUCGCCGCCGGGCACGCUGGUGCUGCAGCUCAACGCCAGCGACCCCGACGAGGGGCAGAACGGCGAGGUCAUCUACUCCUUCAGCAGCCACAUCUCGGCCCGCGCCCGGGAGCUCUUCGGCAUCGCGCCGCGCACCGGGCGCCUGGAGGUGAGCGGCGAGCUGGACUACGAGGAGAGCAGCGUGUACCAGGUGUAUGUGCAAGCGAAGGACCUGGGGCCCAACGCCGUGCCGGCGCACUGCAAGGUGCUGGUACGGGUGCUGGACGCCAACGACAACGCGCCCGAGAUCAGCUUCUCCACCGUGAAGGAGGCGGUGAGCGAGGCGGCGGCGCCGGGCACCGUGGUGGCCCUCUUCAGCGUCUCGGACCGCGACUCGGAGGAGAACGGGCAGGUGCAGUGCGAGCUGCUGCAGGGCGACGCGCCCUUCCGCCUCAAGAGCUCGUUCAAGAACUACUACACCAUCGUCACCGAGGGGCCGCUGGACCGCGAGCAGCCAGGCGGCGACGCCUACACGCUGACGGUGGUGGCGCGGGACCGCGGGGAGCCGCCGCUCAGCACCAGCAAGUCCAUCCAGGUGCGGGUGAGCGACGUGAACGACAACGCGCCGCGCUUCAGCCAGCCCGUCUACCAGGUGUACGUGAGCGAGAACAACGUGCCCGGCGCCUACAUCUACGCCGUCAGCGCCACCGACCGGGACCAGGGCGCCAACGCCCAGCUCGCCUACUCCAUCCUGGAGAGCCAGAUCCAGGGCAUGUCCGUCUUCACCUACGUCUCCAUCAAUUCCGAGAACGGCUUCCUCUACGCGCUCCGCUCCUUCGACUACGAGCAGCUCAAGGAGUUCAGCUUCCAGGUGGAGGCUCGCGACGCCGGCGAGGAGCCGCAGCCGCUGGCCGGCAACGCCACCGUCAAUAUCAUCGUCGUGGACCAGAACGACAACGCUCCCGCCAUCGUCAGCCCGCUGCCCGGCCGCAACGGCACCCCGGCGCGGGAGGUGCUGCCGCGCGGCGCCGAGCCGGGCUACCUGGUCAGCCGCGUGGCGGCGGUGGACGCCGACGACGGCGACAACGCCCGCCUCACCUACAGCAUCGUGCGGGGCAACGAGGCCAGCCUCUUCCGCAUGGACUGGCGCACGGGCGAGCUGCGCACGGCGCGCAGGGUGCCGGCCAAGCGCGACCCGCAGCGGCCCUACGAGCUGGUGGUCGAGGUGCGCGACCACGGGCAGCCGCCGCUGUCCUCCACCGCCGCCAUCCAGGUGGUGCUGGUGGACGGCGCGGCCGAGCGGCCCGGCGGCGGCGGCGGCGGCGGAGCGCUGGGUGCGGGGGUGGGUGCGGGGGGCGGCGGCGGCGGCGGCGAGCAUCGGCCCAGCCGCUCCGGGGGGGACACCUCGCUCGACCUUACCCUCAUCCUCAUCAUCGCCCUGGGCUCCGUCUCGUUUAUCUUCCUGCUGGCCAUGAUCGUGCUGGCCGUGCGCUGCCAGAAGGAGAAGAAGCUCAACAUCUACACCUGCCUGGCCAGCGACUGCUGCCUGAGCUGCUGCUGCUGUUGCCCUUGCUGCAGCCGCCAGGCGCGGGCCCGCAAGAAGAAGCUCAGCAAGUCGGACAUCAUGCUGGUGCAGAGCUCCAACGCGCCCAGCAACCCGGCUCAGGUGCCGGUGGAGGAGUCGGGCAGCUUCGGUUCCCACCACCACAACCAGAACUACUGCUACCAGGUCUGCCUCACGCCCGAGUCCGCCAAGACCGACCUGAUGUUCCUCAAGCCCUGCAGCCCCUCCCGCAGCACCGACGCCGAGCACAACCCUUGCGGGGCCAUCGUGACCGGCUACGCCGACCAGCAGCCCGACAUCAUCUCCAACGGCAGCAUCCUGUCCAGCGAGACGAAACAUCAGCGUGCUGAGCUCAGUUAUCUAGUUGACAGACCCCGACGGGUAAACAGUUCUGCAUUCCAGGAAGCAGACAUAGUAAGCUCUAAGGACAGUGGUCAUGGAGACAGUGAGCAAGGAGACAGUGAUCAUGAUGCCACUAAUCGAGGUCAAUCCUCUGGCAUGGAUCUCUUCUCCAAUUGCACAGAGGAAUGUAAAGCACUGGGCCACUCAGAUCGGUGCUGGAUGCCUUCCUUUGUUCCAUCUGACGGACGCCAAGCUGCAGAUUACCGCAGCAAUCUGCAUGUACCUGGCAUGGACUCCGUUCCAGACACUGAAGUGUUUGAAACACCAGAAGCCCAGCCGGGGACAGAAAGGUCCUUCUCCACCUUCGGAAAAGAGAAGUCUCUUCACAACACUCUGGAGAGGAAGGAGUUGGAUGGACUGCUGUCUAAUACACGAGCGCCUUACAAACCACCAUAUUUGAAACAUGGGUGGCAGCAGAGUAAUCUUCCCCAUCCUACAUCCCCCAGCCGUGUGUCUCACUCUUUACCUGGAUACACCACUACAAAGGCAUUUGCCAUCUCUGGAUCUCAAAGUGGAUUAUAAAGAAUAGUGAUUUAAACCUUCCUGCACCUCUAGGAGAUAGAAGUGUCUUUCUUUCUUUCCUGCAGCACGGAAAAGGAUAUGCUAGUCACUUCUACAGGACUUACCUGAAGCAGCAUGAUUUGCACAAAAGUCGACCAACAAAAAGCAUCAACUUUCAACUUCAUUAUCUUGGCCAUCCAGUUCUGUCUAACUGAAGGAUUUGUGUGCUGCUGGAGACAUCAUGGCCAACAAUAGGACCUAAUUGCUCUCAGCAGGCCUGAGAAAUGAGUUGAAAUGUGUAGAACUGUAGAAACUUCAGAGGCAACUGAUCUUGCCUCUCUGAUCAGUGUGUGCCUGUUUACAGCACUAUAUAUCUUUCUCUCUACAAAAUGUCACUGAGCCCUUUAGAUGUUUAUAAUCACCACAAGAAGCCAAUCGUACAGAUAAAAGAAGCGUGCAUUAUAAAUGCAAUAUCACUGUUUUAAACUUGACUGUUUUAUAUUAUUUUUGUGUGAUCAAGUGUUCCCCAAACUAUUCCAACUUUACAAGAGAGAUUGUGAUCAUGUUCUUUUCACCCGUGGGUCACAAAAAUGUUGUUAAUCUGAAGACCCACCAAAUUAUCAAAGACAUUCUGUAGUUUAUACACCGUGUUGCAAAGUGUUUACUGUACUAUUUCAAAGCUUCUAAAUAAAUAUAAAAUAUAUAUAUAUUAUAUUAUAUAUAAUUUUGAGAAAAAUGUGGUACAACUUAGUUGAUUUUUAAAUGGAUUCAUACAGUCUACACCAUACACUAAAGUGAGAAGGUAAUUCAGGGUUCCUAAGCUAUCCUUGCUAAAAACAAAUAUAAAAUAAACCUUUAAUAGUACUUCCCCAAUAUUUGUAUCUUGGUCAAUCCCGUUUUUCUUGUUUUAAAAAAAAAGAAAAAAAAAGAGCUGUAAGCAACAACAUUUUGUCUAAAAGUUGUAAUGAAUUUUCAAUGCCAAAGAUGCAGCUGUCAAUAUUACCAGAAUGAGCGCUAUGUACUAUCAGAGGUAUAAUUCACUCUCCAUUAUUUUGAUGAUAUUUCUAUGGUUUUUAAUUUGGAAUCAUAAAACCUUUUAUAAGGCUCUAUAAACUCACCUAUAUAUGUUGUUGAAAAGAACACUGUCUGUACAUUUUGCAAUGUAAGAUAUAUGUAAGUGAAAUAUUUUAAGAAAAUCAUUCCAAACUCAUAAAUAUGCAUACGUACAUACACACACACACAAACACACGCACAUCUCUCUGGCAUACUUUUGUGAAGUUAUACAAAUAUAUUGCCUAAAAAUAUUUCUCUUGUGGCUAGGAAUAGUUAUUGAUAGAAUUCAAACUACGAAGGCAAAGUAUAUGCCAAAAUAUUGACUCUUUUAUCACAAAGGAUGUUUGAAAUUAGGAACAUGGUGCAUUCUCAUCUGACCCUUCUCCCAUGGGAGUUUGAAAGGGGCUGAUUACCAUCUCAGCUGGGAAAAGGAUCAAGCCCCUUCAUAUAAUCUUUAUGUUCUGUAAUAAUUGUAUGGUAGGAAAUGGUAUCUUAGAGGAUUUUUUUCUAUGAAAUACUGAAAACAGUAAACUUUCAAAGGUAAAUUCAUCUCCAUAGAGCUUAAGUACCAUUUACUAAAUGUAAAAAUGUAGUAAAGUGCUUUUUACUUUUUUUUUCUUUUUGUAUUUUUUUUCCCACUGUAUCUUAGUAUCUGUCAAGUAUUGAAAAGAAAUGAUAGAACACUGUGUUAGCAAGCAGUGUCUACCCAAAUUUGAACAAAUGCCUAGGGAUGAUCCAAUAUUAAGACAACAGAAAACCUUACACUGAUUGCAGUUGAAUUUGGAUCAUGCUGUUAUAUAGGAAUUCUGUUAUCCCCACUGUGCUGCCACAGGAGGAAUGUGUGAGAAGCUGAAUUUAGCCACUGCUAUGUGGUUAUUAAGUCUGGUUUUCUCCCCUCUGUCAUUAUUUUUGUCUAUAAUGAUAGUUUCUAGAAGACAGAUAAAUCAUCCAUAUGGAUACCAUCCUGCUGAGGAUUCAGACAAGAUUCCUGAUCAAUUCCUGAUCAACCUGUGCAAAUGGCUGCUGGACUGAGCUCUGAAGUUAAUUUAGCUACUCUGAACAAAAUAUUAUUAUUAAACGCUUUUAAUGCAUAUUUCUAGUCGAUUUGUAUAACUAAAAUAUAUUUUGGGGAUCCUUUUAAAAAUAUGUAUAUUAUAUAAAACACAAUCGGAAGGGAGUGAAAACAGUGGUUACUGAUUUGAACAAACACCAACCAUGGAAUGUUUCUCUAGUUGUAGACAGUGGGACUUUUAGUUACCUACACGCCUUUUUAGUUUUGUGAAGAACAACAAUGAAAUUUGUGACAUCGCUUUCACUUAAAGGAUUCUGUUAAAUUGUUGUUUCUGCUUUUAAAGCCCUCCAUGGAAUUUGUUUUUCUUUAUUUCCAAGUACCUCAUUAAUAUUAAAUGUAAAGUAAGUUAAUUUUCAGGUUUUGGGAAGAAAAGAAAUAUUUUUUCUUUCUUUUUCAGAGAUAGUGAAGUAUUUUUAUUUAAUAAAACUUCCUUCACAAUUUGCAUGCAUUUAUUUUCUGAAAAACUUAACCAUAUCAUACCACGUCAUUCCUUUCCAUAACUGAACACUUUCAGUGAACUGUGUAUUUGAUAAACACAUCUCUUUUUUUUAUUUUAUUGUUUUUUAAAUUAAUGUUAGAUAACACAGUCAUUGAUCCAUGUAUGCACAGAAAUCCUUCUGAGUUCAUUGGGAGAGUCCCAGAAUGAAUUGUGAUAGGAUGCAGAACUCUUGAGGAACAGUUAGUUUUUAACUACUACAUCCUGGGCUCCCAAAAUAUUUAAAGGCUUUUGUGGAUUUCCCUAACUCACUGUGAAUUUCGGUAUGGUGACAUUUGAUGACGUGAGAUUUAGGUCGCAUUAAAAAACAGUACAUAUCUGUUAUGCCCCAAGAGAAGUUCUGAGAGGUGCACUUGGCCAUACAGAGGUUCAAUCCCUUCCCUGUUUCUAUGUUUUAGUGGGGAAGAUACCUGUUGCAUCCAGCCACCUUCCACUGAAAUUGAAUUGUUCAGCAUCUCCAUGUAUUUCACCAUGCUACUAGGUGCCUAUCUGCAGUGAUAGGUAUGUAAAUGCCUUUAAACAUUAGCUUUUUGUAUUUGCCUCUUCCUUUAAGUGUAUGUGUUACUAAUGUCUAAGGACUCUGAUUUGCAUAUUGGACAAAAAAAUAAACUGAAGUAGUUGGAAAAUAUUUAGGAUGCAUAUUAAGGAGAAGUAUCUACAUCUGUAAGCUGGAGUAGGGAAAGUUCUGAUACCUCCUUCAUUAAAUAUUUUCAAGAAGAGUUCAAAAAAUACCUGUCAGGGAUGAUAUAAGUGUACUUAAACUUGCCUCAGAGAAAUGGCAUGGACUAGCCUCUCAGUCCUGUUCUAUAAUAUUCAUUGUAAGGCAUGCUGAGCUUCAGAGGAUGUUAUCUGUACACAGCUGUAGGAAUAAAGAUGUUCCAUGCUUCAAUUAGGUAUCAGAAGCAAUAUUUAAUAUUUAAAUUUAUGUAAAAAUUGCGGGCAUAAUAGAACAAGCUGUCUGUGUGAAGAACUUCCUUUAGAGUAAAUGGAAGUUCCAGCACAAGACAGUAUCUUACAGAGAAUAACAAAAUGAAACCAGAUAUGUAAUUUAUUUAUUUAUUUAUUUAUUAAUUCCUGGUUUAGAUGUGUAGCAAUGGAUAUCUAAGCAACUUGCCUAUUCAAUUUCAUUAGUUUCUUCCAGACUGAUUACUGCAAAACUGAAAAAUACUAAAAUGUUUCACUACUUGAAACAAAAUUUUCAUUAUUUCAUGCAGAUUUUAAUUAAUCUGCCCAUUGAGAAGGAAAGAAAAAGAAGUAUUUCCAUUAAAUAGUCUCAGCUGAUUUGAACAAGGUGUAGUAAUUUUUCAACAUAAUUGUUGCAAAACUAAGUGGAAUGUCAGUGCACAGAUAUAUAUUAUUUGUAAAGAUUACGCUUCAUGCAUUAUAGUCACUAUAUAUGUGUGUGUUGGGGGGGUAUGUGUGUGUGUAUAUAAUUAUAGUUCAAAAUCUGGUAAGUUGCCUCUGGAUUUUUUUCUUACAGGAGUAUGCUCCUGUCAGUAAAUUCAAAGAGAAGGGUAGAAACACAUUUAUAAUAUUAGAAAAUUAGACUUGUUCUUUAGCGUAGAAUGGAGUUUUGUAUUCAACAUUUGAAUUCAGCCCCUUCCUCAAGCAUCACACCCAGAAUCAAACACACAUUUCAUUGUUUGACCUUAAAACCUUUACCUGCUCAGAGCAGACUUUUUUUUUCUUUUUUUUUUAAGUGCUAUCAUUCCUCAGGGUAAAAGGUGGAUAAAUAGAUAGUCUUCCUAGGCUGAUAAAUUGUCAUUGCAAUUUUGCAAGGCUGUUAAAUAUUUAUAUGUCUUAUGUGGAGAAAGCUGAUCAUAUCCUGCCAUUGUUCCUUGUUCAAGUCUUAAGUUGUAUGGCAUCAGGACUUUUUAAUUAAAAUUUAUACAAGGGUGUAGGGGCCAAAUUAAGCACCACUGAUAUACAUUUAGACAUAGCAAUUUGAUUGAAAUUUCAUUGAUUGUGAAACGUUGGUACCAGAUGUCUAUGAAGAACAGGUAAAAUAUUCUAUUUGAAGCAUAGUAAAAGGCAGCCAGUAAGAAUUUAUUAUGUUAUGCUAUGAGAAAUUCCAAAACUGUGAGUUAAAUCCAUUGCACUGACCCCUACAAUCAGAGCUCAGAUUCAUCUUAAAGGUCUCCUUCACUUUUUUUUUCUCUGAUCUGCUGAUCUGUCUUGAUAUGAAAUGGAUACAUAUAAACAAAUACAGCCAUUAAAAUCCAUUGCUGAAGCAUCUGUGUUUUUGUAGAUAUCCUCAUAUGUAAGAAAUGAGCAAGAACUAACGUGGACAGCUUUCUUGAAUUGAAAUUGUUUUUGAAUUUGAAUUUGUUAAUAAAGUUCAUGAUAUUGUA